GCGCAGGCUCUCGACCGUCAUAACCUCCAUCAAGCUUCAAGAUGUUGACUGGAUUGUCACCGGCUCUCGAUUUAUCUUCCUUUUCCAACAAUAUUCCCGACAAAAACGUUACGACCCAGCCGAAGGGCGAAAUUCCCUUCGCACGAAGACGCUUACAACAUGACCAGACCAUCGCCCUUUUGGCGGUAUUCGAAGAGAAGACACACCCAACUAAGGAGGAACGCACUGCACUUGCAGAGGAGCUUGGUAUCGAGUUGAAGACAGUCAGCGCCUGGUUCCAAAAUAGACGUCGUACUAUCAAGAAACGAGCUGCCGCAUGGAAACGCUGUAUGCAAGAGAAUCUCCCAGAUAGCAAAGGAAACAUGUCACGCCAAGGGUCCAGGCUGUCUUUGGACUGUAUCGUUUCCUCUCGAGAACGGCCCACUGCUCCGGAUAUCCCGUCUCUACCACAACCUCCUCUUACGCCGCACAGAAUUAAUUUGCGGAUGAUGAGAAGACCGAUAACACCACUCAAACAGCCGAAGAAGCUGUGGGAGUACAUCCCCUCUUCCCCUCCUGCUCCCCCAUCAUCCCCCACUGCAGACAGCCAGCGGCUAGCAGCUCUUCCAAAGAGUUCGAGGACACUAAGGUCCCUCGAAUGGGCAUGUGCGAAGGCGAGGGCUGAGAAAAAGGUGGAAGGAGAUGCCGAUGAAGAUUUGGAUGUGCCGCAGUUAGUCCUUGAUGGCGAAACCAGAGGUGGUCAGCACGACGGCAAUGAUACGGAGGUGGAGGAUCACGAGGCAAUAACACCGGAUAACAGCAUCUGUGAGAUGGUGACAUACCAGUCUCCCUUUGGAGCUCUGGGUGAAGGGACGGAUGAGAAAGCACCCUCGGUUGACAUGGAGGCGGCGAUGGCACUGCUCGGAUUCAUGGGAAAGCGCAGUGUCGAACAGAGCGGACAGACACUAUGGGGUAUGUGAGUAUUCGAGGAACUUGCAUGUCAAUACUAGGAGUAUGUCCAGGUUUGUGAGUAUGCAACUAUGGCAAUAUGAAGUCUUUCAAGAACUACC